AUGGAGCUCAACAUGGAAGGGAUGUGGGACACUCAUCUCCACCUUUUUGAUCCGGAUCUCUAUCCAUACAAAUCUACACGCACCUACACCCCGUCUCCGGCUUCCCUAGAUGCUUGGAUUGAGCAGAUCCGAGCGGAUCGCUUGGUUCUGGUUCAAGCUUCCAUAGAAGAUGGACCCGCAGGAUUAAUCGGUCAUCUUGGCCGUAUUCGAAAUGAUUACCCCCGCCUAUUAGCCCGUGGCAUAAUUUGCAUGGACGAGAGCUGGGAGAAACUGACCCAAGCGGAUUGUGACACCCUGCACAAUCUGGGUGUCCGAUACUGUCGUAUUCAUGGCUUCUUUGGUGGAGGGAGAACCGAUACACUUGCUAUAAAAGAACAAAUUAGUGUCUUCGCCAACUCAUAUCCGUGCAGGACAUUUGGAUGGGGUCUCUCCGCGCAGCUUCCUCUAGAUACCUGGUCCUCUCUGAAAGAUUUUCUGCUCAAUGAUCCAGAAGUUUCCCAUCUCUCAGUCAUUGCCGAUCAUGUUGGCUGCGCGAAACCCACCGAUAUCGGCCAGUCCAGCCUUCAUGAUUUUGUGCAGCUACUACAAUCCGGCAGGAUUAAUGUGAAGAUUUCAGCCCUAUAUCGCCGAUCUGGUGAAAGCCUAGCUGAUAUGAAAUCAAUCAUUCGAUUAUAUGCAGAUAGUGCUCCCUUUGCACUAAUAUGGGGUAGCGACUGGCCUCACGUGGAUUCCUCCAGCCGCAGCUCAAAAGAUCGAGUGACAUCCAUAGCGGCGGAUCCCAAUAACGAGAUCAUGCUUUUACGAAGUUGGCUAUCGAAAGAUCAAUUUCGAAGUAUGUUGGUUGACAAUCCAGAGCGAUUAUUUGCACAUUAA